UAUUUAUCCUUGAAUAUACUUUACCCCUGAGCUGGGCAGUAAGGCACUGUAGCAGGCAUUGCAUGACGGACUCUCCAUACCACUAAAGACCUCAGAGAAGGUGUCUUCUACUGGCUGGAACCUUGAGGAAACGAUUCAAACAACCAGUUGAUCCCAAAAUGUCUUUGGUGUGUUUGGAAGACUUUAAGGCAUAUGCACGCCAGCAGCUGUCUAAAUCAUCCUGGGACUUUAUUGAAGGAGAAGCUGACGAGGGCAUCACCCGAAGUGACAACAUUGCAGCAUUUAAAAGAAUCCACCUCCGUCCACGAUACCUGAGAGAUGUGUCAAAGGUGGAUACCAGGACCACAAUUCAAGGGCAGGAGAUCAGUGCCCCCAUUUGCAUCUCACCCUCAGCUUUUCACUCUGUGGCCUGGCCGGAUGGAGAAAGGAGCACAGCCAGAGCUGCGCAGGAGGUCAACAUCUGCUACAUCACCAGCACUUACACCAGCUGUACCCUGGAGGACAUCGUUGCUGCUGCCCCAGGAGGCUUACGGUGGUUCCAGCUCUAUGUGCAACCAGAUUGGGAGCUCAACAAACGGCUAGUUCAGAGGGUAGAAGCCUUGGGUUUCAAAGCUUUGGUGAUCACUGUAGAUGCACCUGUAAUUGGCAAUAGGAGACAGAACAUGCGAAACCAACUGAAUUUGGAGGAAAACAUAAUGCUGAAGGACCUCCGAUCACCUGAAGAGAGAAACUCUACAAUUACUGCCCCCACGUCUUUGCCGAGUCCAUCUUUCUGCUGGGAUGAUCUCUCCAUGUUUCAGACUAUGACUCGGUUGCCCAUUAUCCUCAAAGGGAUUUUGACAAAAGAAGAUGCAGAGUUAGCAGUGAAGCACAAUGUCCAAGGCAUCUAUGUUUCCAACCAUGGUGGGAGGCAGCUCGACGGGGUUCCUGCUUCAAUUGAUGCUCUGACAGAAGUGGUGGCUGCUGUCAAAGGGAAAAUUGAAGUGUAUAUGGAUGGUGGGGUGCGAACCGGCAGUGAUGUGUUGAAGGCCCUGGCCCUUGGGGCGAGGUGCAUUUUCCUUGGGAGACCAAUCCUUUGGGGCCUUACCUGCAAGGGUGAAUACGGUGUUAAGGAAGUUUUAAAUAUUUUAAAAGCAGAGUUACACACCUCUAUGGCCCUUUCAGGCUGCCAGUCAGUUGCUGAGAUCAGUCCAGACCUUAUUCAGUUCUCCAGAUUAUAAGGACCUGCUGAGACUCCUUCCUGAAAGAACAAGCAGUCAACGAGCUUGACUUGUUCCUGUUCCCCUUCAUUGAUGGCUAUGCUUUGAAAUUCCUCCAACUUCCUUGGUAGAAGCCACACCUAUGCAAUAACUUCAAACUGGCACAACACAGGACAUCUCUUCGGCCUUAAACUCAGCAGCUGAGGUUUGAUUGAGCUGUUAUAGAUUUGUUUGUUUCAAGAGUGAAACAAACCACAACAGCCCAAGGUAUACUGGGAAAGAAGGUAGUUGGACUAUUUUGUUUAAAAGUAUACGUUCUCCCUGAAAACAUUUUUUGAGUGAUAGCUCUGCCUUUUCUGGAUCUUGGACCUAAGGUAACAGUCAAGCUGCCUUUUGUUCUAGGCUCCAUCAGAUAGAUAUGCAAUUCUACAGGAAGAAACCAAGGCUGGUACAUAAAGAUAACACCAACUGAGUGUUCAUUGCUGUUCAAAAUCAUGCAUGUAAGCUUGCACACUGAUCUAGAGAGUAAUUGUUUCAUGUGGGAAAGACACAGACAACCAUACUAAUUUAGGCAGUUAAGAGCAUCAGAGUUGGGCUGAAGAAAUGACUUAGCCCUUAAAGGCUAGGCUCUCAACCCAAAAUACAUGAGUAUCAGAGUCCUUUAAUUUUGACCAGUGACCAAAAAGAGGCAAUUGGCUCAAAGUCUCUUGACACUGAAGCUCAUGGGUACAGCAUGUUUAAAAGCAAAUCCCACAAUCACAUCAAUGUUAUAUGAGGGACAGAGGAAGCUUGCAGAACAUUUGUUUAGUCAUGACAUAAUACUUAUUUUGGACACAACAUGGCAAUUUUUUUCAACUAAAAUUAUUUUUUAUUGUUUUUAAACAGGAAUUAUUGUGAUGAACACAUCUGAGCUGUGUUUAUGGCUAUAGAAAUCUCAAAGUGUUGCCAAGGCAGACAUGAUUGUUGUGGGGCAGAGGGCUGAGACGUUCUGAAGCAGGUACAAAAUGAAGUCAGGACAACGCAGCAUUACCUUAGUCACUUCAAAAUAAAUGCUUAUUAAAUCACAGAAAGAAAUGUUACAAAACUUAAAAGUAUCCUGUGUUACAAUAUGACCUUGUAUAAUGUAGACAAAAGACAGAAGAAGACAGAAGCAGGUCCUUCUCCAAUGGAAGUAUGGAGAUAGAAAAUAGUCACAUAGAAAGAUGCUCAACACCAUGCAUAUUAAGGAACUACAAAUUUAAACAACAGGACACCACUAUAUAGCUACUGGGAUAUGUCAAAGUCAAACCAACACCAAAUGUUAGCAAGGAUAUACAUUACCAAUGAGCAUAAAAACAGUAUAGAUACUUUGUAAGACAGUUUGUGAGUUUGCCACAAAACUAAACACCUUCACUGGAUAAACUGCCAACUGUGAGUUAUGGUGUUUACCCAGAUGUAUUUACAUCUGUGGCCACAUACGUAGAACACAACUGCCUGGGUGUCUUUACAGGAACUCCAUUCACAAUUGCCCAAACUUGGUGGGCAGGUCUUCUGCCAUGAUGUUCUUCAGUAGUUUUUAAAUAGAUGUGGGACACUCAGACAUUAUUCAUUUCCUAGGGGGAAAUGCUACCAAACCAUGAAAAGACACAGAGGAACAGUUAAAGAUAUGUCAGUCCGUGAAUGAAACCUGCCAUUAACAGUUGCAUAUUGUAAGAUUCUAAACAUAUGACAUUGUGGAAGAAACAAACCAUGGAGACAGAGGUUCACUGAUGUAAGAAAUGCAUUCUUUCAGUUCAAGAUACCAGUGGAAGGGGGCUGUGCAUUUAUGUGCUUUGUAGCGUGUGCUUCCUGCUCAGUUUUGCUCUGAAAUUCAAAUAGUUCUUUUGAAUAAUCUAUGUAAAUAUUAAUUCCCACUGGGGGAAUGUAGCUCAGUGGUAGAGCGUUUGAUCAUUAUGGAUGAGCUUUUGGGGUCAAUCCCAAAUAACAGGGGAAAAUGGGUAACACAUCUAUGUGCAGGGCAUGAAAAUAAAUAUUAAAUAUAUUA